GAGAGCAUACAAUAUUCUGUCUGUCGAUCACUUUGGAUACUGCGAGCUAUGUUGCCAAGAUGUUACAAGAGAUCAAUGUUUCGUCCUUUUUUCUGGAAACAAUCUUAACGCUCUUAUUGUAAACAAAUGUAAAAGUACAAUGAUACAUUCAUACUGAAACCAAGGGAUUAUACACAGGACGGUGGAGAAUGGCUUCGAAGGAGAGGUUGAAUGAGCUGUGGAUUUUAUAUUACACCAAGAAAGAUGAGGGCUGCCUGCAGCAGUGGCUGGAGGCUUUUGUGGCUUCCUUUGAGAAGCUUGUUGAUGUGCAGUCACUGGAGCCUCGCAGGCUGGAGAACUAUAUUGCGGAGGUUCCCCUUGUACCCAGGGACAUACUGGUGUUCCUCAGUGACCAGCUAUCACACAGUACCAUUCACCUCUCUGGGGGCGACAGUAACAACAGCACCCUGCUCCUCUCUGGGGGCGACAGUAACAACAGCACCCUGCUCCUCUCUGGGGGCGACAGUAACAACAGCACUCUGCACCCCUCUGGGGGCGACAGUAACAACAGCACCCUGCACCCCUCUGGGGGCGACAGUAACAACAGCACCCUGCACCUCUCUGGGGGUGACAGUAACAACAGCACCCUGCACCUCUCUGGGGGCGACAGUAACAACAGCACCCUGCACCUCUCUGGGGGCGACAGUAACAACAGCACCCUGCACCUCUCUGGGGGCGACAGUAACAACAGCACCCUGCACCUCUCUGGGGGCGACAGUAACAACAGCACCCUGCACCUCUCUGGGGGCGACAGUAACAGCACCCAGCACCUCUGGGGGCGACAGUAA